AUUAUUUCUUUUCCACAGGGAAGAAGAAAAACAGUAGAAAAAUGAAGUCUGUUUUAGGACUUCACCGUAAUGCUCUUGCCUACUCGAUGACCACCUUAGGCGCUGGAAUGAUGAACAGCAUCUUCAAUUUCUAUUACGUUAAACUCUUUUUAAACAAGUACAAGAUCUCAGAAGCAGCAUUCCAUCAAGGGCAGGUUGUUUUUAUGAUAUGGAAUGCCAUCAACGACCCUCUCUUUGGGUACAUUCAAGACACCUCCAAAGCGCCCUGCUGCUCCCGACGUCAGUUUUCUAUUUUAUACGGCGCUCCCUUGUACGCCCUGGCUUUCCUCCUCCCGUGGUUUCCUUGGAAACAAUACGAAGAACACGACUGGCUCUGUGGGCUGCAUCUUAUUGUGGCUUUGUGCGCCUUUGAUGGCCUGCUCACGUUCGUCUUGCUGGCGCAGUGCGCCCUUUUUGCUGAAAUCUCCACCAGACACGAGAGUCGCCUCCAGCUGAUUAAGUACAACCAGGUUGCAAGCUUAGUUGGAUCAACCAGCAUCCUGUUCUGUGGUUUAAUCUCUGCUAACAUGGAGCACUUCGCCUAUUUUCAAGCCUUCACGGUGCUGGUGGGAGCCAUUGCCGCUGCGUGCAUGUGUUACACUGGCUUCUACAGCACCACUCAGUAUGAGCAAAAGGAAGCGCUGAUGGAGGGGUCCGAUCCAGAAAGCACCAGCACCCCUCUUUCUUGGUCUUCUGUGUUCUCCUUGACCGGCCAGAUCUUGGCUCAGAGAAACUUUUUGCUUUUUGUCGUCAUGAACUUUUUCCAAGUUUUCCACUUAGCCUUCUGCAACAAUUUCAUGAUGAUCUUUGCAGAUAAUCUCAUCCCAAAGGGAAUUCUUUCGUCUUCUGUCAGAAGUCUUAUGUAUGGGGCAGGUUUUAUUUGUCCCCAGUGUCUUGUGCUCAUCAGUCACACUUUGUUGCUGAAAUUUGGUUAUUACAAGAUUGUCUUAUUUUCUUUCUACCUGGAAGGAAUAGCUGCGGUUAUCAUGUUCAUUCUGGGUCGAGAAUAUUACUACUUACUGGCUAUUUAUCUCACUGUCAACAUGGUAAUGGUUCAAGCGUCCUUCAGUCUGUUUAAUUUGCCAUUGGCCGAUAUUGUUGACACAGAUUUAAAGAAACAUAGACGACGAUCACCCCUCUCCUCUAUGGUUUUUGGAACGAAUGCCCUCUUUACAAAACCAGCUCAGUCUUUAGCUCCUAUGCUUGUGGUUUCUAUACUAAAUCAAUUUGGUUAUGCAGAUUUGAAUAGUAAAGCUGUUGAUCUUGAUCCAAGUCUGUUCUUAGGUCUCCAUGAUGCCAUGUUCUACAUGAUCUGUCUGGUCCCACUCUGCAUUGCGGUGAUACAGAUUCUGACAUGGACCCCUUUUUCCAUCCAGAAUACCCAUCUGACGCCAAUACUGUGAACUAUACGUGUGAGCAUUAGCGAACAGAGUGUUUAAUUGACAGGUGUCAAUUGUGAGCAAGAACACGGGAUUUUCCUAACCCUUUGGCCUAGCAAAUGAAAUGCAGCCUUGCCAUUUCAUGAUCAUCUGUAGUUUUAAAUCUUACCAUGCUUUAUCAGGAAGCAGGAAUCUUUUUCUAGUUCCACUGAUGUACCAGGUAAUUGGAGGCAAAUUAAAUCUUGCAAGUAGACUUGAUGGGUACUCUAAGUUUCUAUCUCACAUUAUCAUCCAAGGGAUAAAUAAAACUGCCCGGAGUCCCCCGAUGGGAGGAGAUGGGCGGGGACUGACUGACUGACUGACUGACUGACUGACUGAAUGAAUGCCUACCUCCGAUUAAGACCAAAAAAAGGAGAUGCAAGUAACCUCAGGAUGAGGCAUCUAAACACCAUCCCACCCCUGUAAUUAAAUCCUUCUUUACUGCAGACAGAACAGGAAAACUGUUGAUUUCCCUCCCCCACCCCCCCAGUAUAUAUGACAAGACCACCUUUCUCUUUGUUUUGUUACUUAGAUUUUAUCUGCCAAAAAGCCCCACAACUGCCUCCACUUUGGAAAGGAGGCUGACAGGUUGAAGCAGGCAAGGGAAAUGUAGAUGGCUGCACCGCCAGGAAACUAGGCUUGACACAAUCGUAGAAGCUGCUGCUGCUCUGUUGAGCGCGCUGGCUCUGCUGUAUUUAUGUCCCAAAGGGCAGUGAUGGUGAGGCACACAACACCGGAGUUUGCCAGUGGUGGCUGAGGAGGGACUAUAGGAGCACAUGGUGGAAGAGCUGAAGUGAAGAGCAGAAGCUUUCAUGGGGACUUGGGGGAAAGGCUUGGUAACAGAGGAAAAGCUCGCUUUCUUGAGCUCUUCCUUGAGCUGUCAAGCGUAGAGCUGGGUUUCGAGGGCCACAGGAGAAAUAUCUAUUGGGCUUUGGAUUUCUUAACUGCCACGCCACACAGAUAAUCUCAUGUACGAUUAUCCCGUAGGAUUUCUGUAUUUGUUCCAGCUGAUCAUUUUUUUUCUGCCUUACUUUAAAACAGCACUUUGGGUUUCUUUCUAUGAAAGUCUUUGGUUUUUACCUCUCAAUAGAAUUUAUAAUGAAUGGAAAACAAUUUUUACUCGAUUAGGAUGAAGUCUGAAUUAUGCUGUAAUAAAUCGUACUAUCCUUUGCCCAGUG